AUGCAGCAGACUCUUCGCCAUUUGCCCCUUUUGUUCUCAAACCAAACAUCUUUAGCUCCCGAUCAACCGCACAUCAACAUUACGAAAGUCAUUUCUACUCAGUCUUAUAGUAUUCCAAACUCAUCCCGUGAAUAUAUCCUUUCUGUCACUAUGCCCGAUCAAGGAGUUAGUGUCCAACAAGCAAGAGGUGCGUUCAUGUCGGCUCAGAAGGAUUGGGAUAACGCCAAAACGAGCCUUGUCUCGCUCCAGACAACCUAUAACGAGAAGAAAACCCUGGCGGAGGAUAUUUCCAACGGUCGCCAGUCGAGGAGCACUCCAGAUAAGGUUAUAGUGCUCGGAGUCGAGAUUGAGGAACUGAAGGGGCGUAUCGAGGUAAUUGAAAAGAAGGUCAUCGAGUAUCGUACUCAAAUGGAUACUGCCAAGGCAAUUUUUGAGAAACUGGAAGGUUAUGAGGUUUUAGACAAAGUGCCAGGUUUGUCGGGUUAG